GGAGGUAGAAAGGUGGGGGGAGGGGCGCCUCAGUUCGUUCUCCCGCUCUCGGGGCUGCGCUCCCGCUGUCUCCGCGGUAGCCCGAGGUCCCCAAGUUUUUCGGGGCGAGGGUGCUGCCUCUUCCCCCACCGGGUCCCCUCCGUCCCUCUUCUGUUCCCUGGAGUUUCUCGUCUUGUCUAAUUUGGGCGAGUUCUAAUGGCGGACAGGGACUGCAAAGUCUCCGAGUCAGAGCAACUGCUUGGGGCAAAUAUAGGAGAUUUCACCCGGCGGUGACGUGAGCCGCUCCUUACCUCCGAACACCAGUUCCCGAACACCGGGACACCAGUUCCCGAUUGACCGGGAUAGCGCUGGGUGGGCAAAUUUAGGAGGGAAUACAACUCUCUUGCUGGCGUCGAGGGAACCUUUUGCCUUCCACCAACCCCGCCCUCCCCUUCCCUUAGAGCAGGCUUGUUCUCCGCCUCCCAUUCUGUAAUUUGAGGAACGAGAUUUAGCUACGUCUAGUCGUUUAGAUCCCUAUAGUAGUUGUUGUGUGUGUUUUUUUAAACCUCGCUUCUCCACCGCUCUGGGUUGGGGGAGGGAAGAAGAGCACGGAAACUCCUUGACUUCUUACCCUUUGCUUCCUCCCUCUGGUGGUUAGGAGUUGGUGCUACGUCCAGAUGGGCUGUAAUUAAAUAGUUUCGCAGCUCUCUCUCCUGUCAUUCUAGGAUCAGGAAUCACCUUCAGGCCAGUCUGGUGGGGCUUUGGCAGAAAUUAAGGAAGAAGACAUACCAUUUGUGAGUGUUCCUGAGAAAGAAGUCUUCCAGGGAAGAGUCAGGUCCUGAAAGAUAAAGGUUCUUUGGCAUGGAUAAAUGUUCAGUGAGAGGAUUAGACUUGGCUGAACAGACUCCUGUUUUAUUAAAGAGUAAAGCCAUGGCAGCUAGCCUCAUGGAUGUUGGAAAUUCAUUUGGUGGCCCAACUAGUUCUUUAGUUAAUAGAUCUAGAAACUCAUCAGUGGAAGAUGAUGAUGAUGAUGAUGAUGAUGAUGAUGAUGAUGAUGAUGUUGUAUUUAUUGAAUCUAUACAACCUCCUUCAACUUCUGCUCCAACAGUAACUGAUCAAAGAAAUUUUAUAUUUGCUUCAUCAAGAAAUGAAAGUCUACAAGGAAAUUAUUCCAUAAUUCUUCCUUCCUCAAGAGAUUCAGCUUCUCAGAAGGGAAAUAUAAGUGAGACAAUUAUUAUCGAUGAUGAAGAGGACAUAGAAACAAAUGGAGAAGACAAAAAUUCUUCCAAUUAUAUUGAAUGGGGACUUCCUGGAACUAAAAAUAGAACCAAAGAUUUGGAUUUCUCCACUUCCAGUCUUUCAAGAAGUAAGACCAAGACUGCAGUAGGACCUUUUAAUCCUGGUAGAAUGAAUGUGGCAGGAGGUGAAUUUCAGAAUGGAGGAUUUACAACUCAUCAUAGUCCUGAUUCUUGGAUCUCCCAGUCAGCAUCAUUUCCCCGUAAUCAGAAACAGCCAGGGGUGGAUUCUUUAUCACCAGUGGCCUCCCUUCCUAAGCAGAUUUUCCAGUCUUCAGUCCAACAGCAACUUACUAAACCAGCUAAAAUCACUUGUGCACACUGCAAAAAACCUUUACAGAAGGGACAGACAGCUUAUCAACGAAAAGGAUCAGCUCACCUCUUUUGUUCUACCACCUGCCUUUCUUCCUUCUCUCAUAAGCGCACUCCAAAGAAACGCAAUGUAAUAUGUAAAAAAGAUGCACCUACAAAAAAAGCUACUACUGUUCAAGUUGAGUCAAAAGAAUCCUCCCAAGAAUUUUGUCGUACAUCUUUGCCUCCCUGUGAAGACAACCAGAAUCUUAGAAAAAGAGUUAAUAAAUCAAGAUGUAUAAUCUGUAGUAAACUAACAGAGAUUCGUCAUGAAGUCAGCGUUAAUAAUGUAGUACAUAAACUGUGCAGUAACCAGUGCUUUAAUAAGUACAGGUUAGCCAAUGGUCUAAUAAUGAAUUGCUGUGAACAGUGUGGAGAGUACUUGCCUAGUAAAAGUGCUGGAAACCAUGUCCUGAUGAUUGAAGGUCAGCAGACAAGAUUUUGCUGCCAAAGUUGUGUUAAUGAAUAUAAACAGAUGAUGGAAACAAAAUCAAAAAAUUUAUCAGCAUCAGAAAACAGAAAAAGGAAUGCUAUUAGAGAAGAAAAUGAAAGGAAAUUAUAUGGAUCAUUGAAUACUCUUUUAGAAAAAAAAGAGGGAAUACCAGAAAAAAAGGAAAAGACUUCAGAGCUACAGGUGUUGGCAGAAUGUAGGACAGAUGAUACAUCACUGAUCAAACAGGAUGUGAAUUUACCUUCUAUAACCAUAGCUGAUAAAUUUCAAGAGCAACUGGAAGAGAAAAAAUCAGAAGACUCCAUUAUAUCGGUUGUACUUUCUGCAGACCCAGGUACAUGGCCCCGUGUUUUAAAUAUUAAACAACGGGACAUUCUUGUUGAAAACGAUCCACCUCAAGUAAGAAAUUUUAACUUUCCAAAAGACAAUACAGGGAGGAAGUUUUCAGAAACUUAUUAUACACGAAUUCUUCCAAAUGGUGAUAAAACCACUAGAUCCUGGUUACUUUAUUCAACUUCAAAAGAUUCUGUGUUUUGUUUGUAUUGCAAACUCUUUGGGGAAGGAAAAAAUCAAUUGAAGAAUGAGAAUGGGUGCAAAGAUUGGCAGCAUUUAUCACAUAUUCUUAGCAAACACGAGGAAAGUGAAAUGCACAUUAACAAUAGUGUUAAGUAUUCAAAAUUAAAAUCUGAUUUGAAAAAAAAUAAAACUGUGGAAGCUGCAGUACAUGGAUUACAUAAGAAUGAGAAAAAUGAUGGUGUGCUCUUGUUGUACACAUAAUAUACCUGAUGUGGUUUUGACAUAACAAGGUCAUACAUUUAUUCAGAAAAGAUCUGUAACCCUAACAGUACCAUUUGUUGUUGUGAAGCUCCUAUAACUUUCAACAGUUCAUUAGCAAUAAGUAUAAUAGCAAAUAGUAAAGAAUGUUUCUGUUUCAAAUUCUAAAGCUAAUUGGAUUCAAUAGUAAUUAAUGUGGGUUUCAAUAAAGGCAAUUGUUACUUUUUCAUUCUAUCAAUUCACACCUUUUAAAAUUGGCAUUUGAGGGCUAACAUUUGACAGGUUUGGUUAAUUUUCUGUUCUGAUUACUUUGAAAAAAGGAGAGAAAGGCUUAGAUUUAUCAGUAGUAGUUUGAACAAGAUACUGUGUGAACAUUCUCAUUAUUAUUAAAGUAAAAACAUUUAGAAACAGUUUGAGAGUAGAAUGGAAUCUGAAACUGCAGCUUUUUGCUAUUAAACCAAAUACCUGCAAUUUCUUUCUUUUGGGGAAAACAUUGUUUUAUGAUUUGGGCAAAAUGGCAUUAUUUGUUACUUCAUAUUAAGGUGAUUACUUUGCAUUUUAUUUACUUUAAUUUAUAAAUAUUUUAGAUUUUAUUCUUAUGUGAGAAGUAUAAGAAUAAAGAGUAUAUACCUAUUUUUAUGUUAGUACAAAUAUAAGAAAUAUUAAAAAUAUAUUAAGUUAA